GCCAAGCCAACAACGAAAACUUAAUUUCAGAUAUAAUUGCCUUCUUUCUCCUCUGUAUGUAUCUACCUCUAUAACCACUUAUAAGUUAUAACUACAGAGUUACGUCGUCUUCUUCUUAAACCCAGACAUGAUCUCCAACAGAGACCAGAGAUCCCCUGUCUGCCACGUGGUGGCCAUGCCGUAUCCCGGUCGGGGCCACAUCAACCCGAUGAUGACCCUCUGCAAGCUACUGACUUCACAAAAGACUGACAUCCUCAUCACCUUCGUCGUCACGAAGGAGUGGUUCGGUUUCAUCGGAUCCGAAGUCACCCAGGACAACAUCCGACUCGCCACGAUUCCCAACGUUGUCCCGUCGGAGCUGGUCCGCGCUGCCGACAUGUACAGCUUCAUCGAAGCGAUCAUGACCAAGAUGGAGGCCCCAUUCGAGCGGCUCAUGGAUCGCCUCGAGCCUCCGCCGAGCCUGAUCGUGGCCGACACUUUCCUGCCUUGGGCAGUCCGUGUCGGGAACCGGAGGAGUAUUCCGGCGGCGUCGUUUUGGCCGAUGCCGGCAUCCUUUUUCUCCGUCUUCCAACAUUUUCAUCUUUUAGCAGAAAACGGGCACUUCCCGGUUGACUUGUUAGAGAGGGGCAAUGAUCGUGUGGAUUACAUCCCAGGAGUUUCUUCAACACGACUGGCAGACCUGCCUCAUUUCAUUAGUGGAAUCUCCCCAAACAUUCUCCACCACAUCCAUGAAGAUUUCUCAUGGGUGCCUAAAGGACAAUAUCUCUUAUUCCCCUCCAUCUAUGAGCUUGAACCCCAAGUCAUCGACGUUUUAAGAUCAAUAUUCUCACUACCCAUUUACACAAUUGGUCCAUUAAUACCCAACAUCAAAUCUAAUUACCACCCGAGUGCUGGCAUCGACUAUCCACAAUGGCUAGAUUCUCAACCUUGCAGCUCUGUUCUGUACAUCUCCAUGGGAAGUUUUCUUUCAUUUUCAGGUGCCCAAAUGGAUGAGAUUGCAGGCGGUUUGCGCUUGAGUAGGGUUCGGUUCAUAUGGGUGGCCCAUGGGGAAACGGACAGGUUAAAAGAUGCUUGUGGCGACAUGGGUUUGGUAGUGCCCUGGUGUGAACAAUUGAGGGUUUUGUGCCAUUCUAGUGUUGGUGGGUUUUUGACACAUUGUGGUUGGAACUCAGUUAGGGAAGGUGUUUUUGCUGGUGUCCCGUUUCUGACGUUUCCGUUACGUAUGGAUCAAGGCAUGGUUAGUAAGAUGAUUGUGGAGGAUUGGAAAGUUGGGUGGAGGUUGAGGAAGGCUGAGGACAAAAUGGACCAUUUGGUAACAAGCGAGGAGAUUGCUGGGCUGGCGCAGAAGUUCAUGGACUUGGAGGACGAUGAAGGGAGAGAAAUGAGAAGAAGGGCCAGAGAACUUAAACAGAUAUGUCAUGGUGCUAUUGAAGAAGGCGGAUCAUCUCAAACGAACAUCAAUGCCUUCGUUGGAGACAUUUUUCAAGGCCAUGCAUAAGCAUUGAGCACACUGAAUCUUGUUGUUGCUGGCUCUCAAAAGACGGUGCAAAGCUUGUAGUGAUUUGUCUUGUGCGUCAAUGAAAAUACAAAGUGUCGGUGCAAGGGGUUGUACUUCAAGUGCAUUCUCAGCUAUGUGGAAUGUUUGCAUCUAGUUUUGCCAACCGACUCCACUCAGUGAGAUAAGACUUUGUUGUUGUUGUUGUUGUUUGUAUCUGGUUUUGCACUUUUGGUUUUAUUUAAGGGGCUGCUAUCGGCACUCUAAAAUACUUAAUUGUGUUUCAUAUGAGGGUGUUUCCAGUUUGGUUGGGACCCUAGUUUGUACCAAACCUGGG